AAUUACAUUAAACAACAUUAUUACAACUCCCAGUAGUAGUAUUUUAUUCCUCUUAUCUUUUUCGAAUUUUAUUAUAAAAGAAAAAGAAAGUAUUCUUGACUGGACCCAUUUGUGGAUGUUAUAACACUGCCUUCUCACUCACUCAGUAGCCACUCCUCACUCAUCACUGUCUCUGAAAUGGGAGAAAUUCUGAAUUCCGUUGUUUUCUCCAUUUUCUUCCUUUUCUUCUUUUCACUUUCCCCAAACCAUGCUGUUUCUGCUGAAGAUGAAGUUCCAAAAACCUUCAUUAUUCGCGUUGAUUCUUAUUCUAAACCCUCCGUUUUCCCUACCCAUUAUCAUUGGUACACUUCUGAGUUCACACAACAAACCCAUAUCCUUCACGUAUACGACACCGUUUUCCACGGCUUCUCUGCGCUUCUCACGCGGCAACAAGUUACUUCCAUAAGCCAGCACCCUUCGACCCUCGCCGUUUUGGAGGAUCGUCGCCGUCAACUUCACACCACUCGCUCCCCUCAAUUUCUCGGACUUCGCAACCAACGAGGUCUCUGGUCUGAAUCAGAUUACGGCUCCGACGUGAUUGUCGGAGUCUUUGAUACUGGAAUUUGGCCUGAACGCCGGAGCUUCUCCGAUUUGAACUUAGGCCCUAUUCCACGUCGGUGGAAAGGGGUUUGUGAAAGUGGUGAAAAAUUCUCACCCAGAAACUGCAACAAAAAACUAAUCGGUGCGAGAUUCUUCUCCAAAGGUCACGAAGCAGGUGCUGGUUCUUCUGGUCCUUUGAAUCCCAUCAACGAAACAGUUGAAUUCCGAUCCCCUCGUGACGCUGACGGUCAUGGGACCCACACAGCAUCCACCGCCGCCGGACGUUACGCUUUCCAAGCGAAUAUGUCCGGUUACGCUUCCGGAAUCGCCAAAGGCGUUGCUCCGAAAGCCAGAUUAGCAGUAUACAAAGUUUGCUGGAAAAACUCUGGUUGCUUCGACUCCGACAUCCUCGCCGCCUUCGACGCCGCUGUAACAGACGGUGUUGAUGUAAUUUCUAUUUCCAUCGGCGGCGGCGACGGGAUUGCCUCCCCUUAUUAUCUCGAUCCAAUUGCAAUUGGAUCUUACGGCGCCGUUUCAAGAGGCGUGUUCGUUUCAUCUUCCGCAGGAAACGACGGACCAAGCGGAAUGUCAGUUACAAACCUGGCUCCAUGGUUGACAACCGUCGGAGCAGGCACAAUCGAUCGUGAUUUCCCUGCAGAGGUAAUCACCGGAGACGGUAGAAAACUCUCCGGCGUAUCACUAUACUCCGGAGCAGCUUUAAAAGGAAAAAUGUAUCAAUUAGUUUAUCCUGGAAAAUCAGGGAUCUUAGGUGAUUCACUAUGCAUGGAAAAUUCACUAGAUCCGAAACAAGUGAAGGGAAAAAUCGUGGUCUGUGAUAGAGGAAGUAACCCUAGAGUAGCGAAAGGGCUUGUUGUGAAGAAAGCAGGUGGUGUUGGAAUGAUUCUAGCAAACGGAAUUUCAAACGGUGAAGGACUCGUCGGCGACGCUCAUCUUCUUCCUGCAUGUGCCGUUGGUGCCAAUGAGGGAGAUCUUAUCAAAGCAUAUAUCUCUUCAUCUACUAAUCCAACGGCUACGAUUGAUUUUAAAGGAACUAUCCUCGGAAUCAAACCGGCGCCGGUUCUUGCUUCUUUUUCAGCCAGAGGACCCAACGGGCUGAACCCUCAGUUACUUAAACCGGAUUUAAUUGCUCCUGGUGUUAACAUUCUCGCUGCUUGGUCUGAUGCAGUGGGUCCCACUGGUCUUGAUUCCGAUACACGAAGGACAGAGUUUAAUAUCUUGUCUGGUACUUCAAUGGCUGCUCCUCACGUCAGUGGUGCCGCGGCGUUGUUGAAAUCUGCGCAUCCGGAUUGGAGUCCGGCCACUGUGAGAUCCGCCAUGAUGACCACCGCUACUGUUCUCGAUAACAGAAAUCUCCCUAUGUUGGAUGAGGCUACCGGGAAUAGUUCAACUCCUUAUGAUUUUGGGUCGGGUCAUCUUAACUUGGGUCGUGCGAUGGAUCCUGGUUUGAUCUAUGAUAUUACUAACAAUGAUUACGUUAGUUUCCUCUGUUCUAUUGGUUACAGUGCAAAGGUUAUUCAGGUAAUUACUCGUGCGCCGGUGAAUUGUCCAGCGAGGAAGCCUUUGCCGGAGAAUCUGAAUUACCCGUCGUUUGUGGCUAUGUUUCCUGUGGCGUCAAGGAGGUUGGCUUCGAAGACGUUUAUAAGGACGGUGACUAACGUGGGGGUGGUUAACUCGGUUUACCGUGUGAGUGUUGAGUCGCAGAUGAAGGGGGUAACGGUGACGGUGAGGCCGUCAAGACUUGUGUUCUCUGAGGAUGUGAAGAAGAGGAGUUAUGUGGUGACGGUAACGGCGGAUACCCGAAAUCUGAAAAUGAGUCCUUCCGGGGCGAUUUUCGGGUCACUUUCGUGGACGGAUGGUAAACAUGUGGUUCGGAGCCCCAUUGUCGUUACUCAAAUAGAACCGUUAUAGAGAAGUUCGAUCACGUCGUUUUGAUCGAUGCCACUCACCACGUCAUGUGUCAGUGGCGCCUCUUUGAGUUGCCACGUGGAGUAACUAGACUACAAAUAUGCUUUCUAAUUAUUUUUUCUUUAUUUUCUUUUUUAAAUUAGGACCGUUUGGAAUGACUUGACUUGGUUAAAAUGACAGGGUUGGGUAACUUGGGUUGGGUUGGAGUUGUGUAACAAUGCUUUGCUAUAUUUUUUUUUUUUACAGUUUUUAUUGGGUUUACUUCAGCUUGUACUGUAUCUAGACAGACGUCUAAGCGUCUAGUUAUAGACCAUAAACAAUUAUAGGAUAAGUUAUGAUUUGUAUUUUUAUUUUAGUGUUAUUCAAUUUUAUGUUGCCCUCAUUUUUUUAUCAACGCUUGUGUAAUACUGUGCAAUUUUAUAGAUAAGUUGUUCUUGUA